UUUGGGUUUGGGCUCAAGGGAAGUUCUCAAAGAAGAACCUGAGGAGGCCCUGUUAGCUUUCUUCCAUUGGAAACACGAGAGAUUGUUCAAACAAAGAUCGCUGAAUUUUCCUUUCCCAUUUUCGCUUUCGGCUUCCACAGUUAGGGUUCUUGGAGAGAUUUGGAUCGGAACCUUCCAAGUUUCUGAACCAGAAGCCAAAUAUGUCAAGGCUGGUCACGAGGCUUCUCGGAUCUCUGUCGUCCAAUGUCCGACGCUCCGGGAACUCGGAGGUGUUCCCGUCUUGCCCUUUGUUGACUCAGUCCCGCUCCUUCACAGCGGCGCCUCCGCCUCCUCCGGCGGUCUUCGUGGACAAAAACACCCGCGUUAUCUGUCAGGGUAUCACCGGAAAGAACGGGACCUUCCACACUGAACAAGCCAUUGAGUACGGCACCAAAAUGGUGGCUGGAGUGACACCGAAGAAGGGUGGGACAGAACACUUGGGUCUCCCAGUUUUCAACUCCGUUGCUGAAGCGAAGGCUGAGACGAAGGCUAAUGCCUCGGUGAUUUAUGUUCCUGCACCUUUUGCUGCUGCUGCUAUCAUGGAGGCUAUGGAGGCGGAAUUAGAUCUUGUUGUGUGCAUCACCGAAGGAAUUCCUCAGCAUGACAUGGUUCGUGUAAAGGCUGCUCUUAAUAGUCAAUCAAAAACUAGGUUGAUUGGUCCUAACUGCCCUGGGAUUAUCAAGCCUGGUGAAUGCAAGAUUGGGAUUAUGCCGGGAUACAUUCACAAGCCAGGGCGGAUAGGGAUUGUCUCGCGAUCCGGAACGUUGACAUAUGAAGCUGUUUUCCAAACAACAGCUGUGGGUCUGGGUCAAUCUACUUGUGUAGGAAUUGGGGGGGAUCCUUUUAAUGGGACAAAUUUCGUUGACUGCUUGGAGAAGUUCUUUGUUGAUCCGCAAACAGAAGGUAUCAUUCUUAUUGGAGAGAUCGGGGGUACCGCAGAAGAAGAUGCUGCUGCAUUGAUAAAGGAAAGCGGAACUGAGAAACCCAUCGUUGCUUUCAUUGCGGGACUUACUGCACCACCAGGCCGGAGAAUGGGUCAUGCUGGAGCCAUUGUAUCUGGUGGCAAGGGCACAGCUCAGGACAAGAUAAAGAGCCUAAGGGACGCCGGAGUCACGGUGGUUGAAUCUCCGGCCAAGAUCGGAGCAGCAAUGCUUGACAUCUUCCAAGACAGAGGUCUUGUCGAGUCCGUUAGCGCUGUUUAGAAUUGAUUGAGCCCAAAAAAAAAUCUCUGUUAACAUUUUGCAAAGAAAAAAAGGGAAACCCUAAUCUUCUGUUGGGUUGGUUUGUUUGAAGUGGUUGGGAAGGAAAAAAAACAUGCUCUUCUUCUUCUUCUGCAGUUCAUUGAAAAUACUUUGGCACUCUGGUUUUUUGCCUGUCAACAAAAUAAUCAAUUGCAGAAUGAAGGGUGUUCUUGCUUCCUUU